GGUGGACCGUCCGUGUUCCCCGUCUAAUCUGGUAAAAAAAGGGACUUUUUUAGCAUCUUCCUCGUCCCUGGGAAGACCAUGGCUCUCUCCAGGAUCUGUCGGGAGUCUUUGCUGGUGAUUUUGCUGCAAAUCGUGCUGAUUUGCUCGGCUCAGAGGGGCCCCGUCGGUCCCAGAGGCCCCCCAGGAUCGAUCGGAGUAGCAGGCAUACCCGGAGUGGAUGGCAUUGAUGGCGACAGAGGAGAAGACUCCACAGUGGACGGAGGACCAGGUCCUGAUGGAGAAAACGGCAAAGAUGGAGUUCCAGGAGCUGCAGGCCUUCCGGGUGCAGAUGGACCCGUUGGACCUACUGGAGAUCCAGGCCAAGUGGGCCCCAAAGGAUCAAAAGGAGAUCCUGGGCCACGUGGGCUUUCUGGAGAGCCUGGUGUAGGACCUGACGGGCUGGAUGGUAUCCCGGGAACAGACGGGCUCCCAGGUGAACUCGGCAAAAUUGGAGGAUCUGGAGCAGGUGGAAAGAGAGGUUCAGUGGGUCUUCCUGGUUCUGCUGGGCCACGGGGUCCUCCGGGUGUGUAUAAAGGCGAGGACCUGUGUCCCAACGCUUGCCCCGCUGGACUCAAUGGACACUCUGGUCUCCCUGGCAUGAAAGGCCACAAAGGGGUUAAAGGUGAAUCUGGUGAGCCUGGAAGACAAGGACACAAGGGAGAGGAAGGCGAACAAGGAAUGCUGGGUGAAGUUGGAUCUCAAGGACUACCAGGCCAAGGUGGACCAAGAGGCCUCCCAGGAAUAACUGGAUCCAAAGGGGACAGGGGACCUCGUGGAAAACCAGGUGAUGGAGGUCCUCGUGGGAUCCAGGGAGGCCAUGGCGACCCGGGUCAAAGAGGAGCCUUAGGUGAACCCGGGCCAGCAGGAGUGCAGGGGGAUCGAGGUCCUUCUGGAAUCAGAGGAGUACCAGGGCCUAAAGGAGAGCCUGGCCUCGCUGGUCCUGAUGGCCGUGAAGGAAUACCUGGUCUACCAGGAUCCAAGGGGAUUACAGCAAAAGAUGGUGCUCCAGGUGAUGCUGGCCGUCAAGGACUUCCUGGUUUGCCGGGCAAUUAUGGCCAAAAAGGCGUCAGUGGUGAAGUGGGUAACACAGGUGAUCCAGGCAUUGUAGGACUGAUGGGUUCUCCAGGGAAACAAGGCGAGAGAGGCGAGCAGGGAGAAGUUGGACCAGUCGGAGCCAGAGGAGGACCAGGUGGACGAGGAGAGAGAGGGCCUGGCGGGCCUCUAGGAUCACCAGGACCCAGGGGAGGCAAAGGGAACCCAGGUCUUCCCGGACUCCCUGGCCCUGCCGGUUAUCGUGGCCAGAAGGGCGACAGGGGGGCAGUCGGUCUCGAUGGUCCAAAAGGAGACCAGGGUUCUGCAGGAGCUGAAGGAACACCAGGAGAUCUCGGAGAACUGGGAGAUCAAGGAGAACCAGGAGAGAAAGGAUCGACAGGCCCACCGGGAGAGACCGGGAACAAAGGACCCGAGGGCGGCAGAGGACAGGAGGGUAAAGAGGGCAAGUCGGGCCAACUGGGACCCCGUGGCAUGCAGGGAGACACGGGUGUACCAGGUCUGCCGGGGUCACAGGGACCAGCGGGAAAAACACCAACAGAUACACACAUCAAACAAGUCUGCAUGAGGGUAAUGCAAGAGCAGCUGGCCCAGCUAGCAGCCAGCCUGAGCCGACCUGAGUCCGGCAUCUCUGGGAUGCCCGGCCCCCCCGGCCCACCCGGACCUCAAGGCCCCUCCGGAGAGAACGGCUUCCCCGGACACAGCGGAUCCCGAGGCCUGCCCGGUCUGAAGGGUCCAGCUGGGCUCAUAGGUCGCAAAGGACCCAAAGGCGAUCAGGGUGACAGAGGCGACAGAGGACCCACAGAGCGAGGACCCAAGGGAACUCCAGGAGCCCCCGGUAUACCAGGUGAACCCGGGAGAGCGGCCUACGGCAGCGACGGUCGUGAUGGAGAGAGGGGACCCCGCGGAGUCCCCGGUCUACUUGGAGUCCCCGGGCCCCCCGGUACCGCCGGCAUGAACGGUUACUGCGAGUCGUCGCAGUGCGUCCUGGCCAUGGUGGCGUCGCCCAUUUCAGCCAAGGACUCCAGCAUGAAGGGCCCCAGUGACAUGUGAGGAGCCGGAAAACUGAGAGACUGGAGGAGAAACCAGAACCGAGGAACAUCUGUCCA